UUUUGCAUGAGUUUCAAAGCUUAUCUCACUCUUCUUCCAUAGCUAUGACUACUUUAACGAAGAUUCAAGUGUACCCACAAGUCUUGGAGCACCGUCUCUUCUUCAGAGAUCCGAUACGGGUCGGGUCAAGAUUGACUUGUAGAGAACGUAAUAAUAGGGUUUCUGUGCAUCGCUGUGAGAAGAAAGUUGAAAGAAAGAGAAAAGUUGAGAAAUUUAAAGGAAAUGGUUAUUGGGAUUCUUUGAAAUCUGGGUUUUUAGGGUUUAGUAAAUUAGGGUUCUUGUCUAAAGAUGAGUAUAAUCAGAAAGUUGAAAACUUGGAGAUGGUUUUCUCUUCGAUUGCUGUUCAAAUUGCGAGAUACAUUGUGACGAUGACAAGCACUGGAGCUAUUCUUUUGAUUGGGUUUCAAUUAUCAGGUGGGGAUAGUUCGAUGAACUCAUUGGUUUGGUAUAGUUGGCUUGGUGGAAUUAUCAUUGGAACCAUGACUGGUGCUAACAUGGUUUUGGAAGAUCAUUACCGAGCCGGUCCCCGGAAUGUUGUUAUAACCGGAAGCACGAGGGGACUAGGGAAAGCUCUUGCCAGAGAGUUUCUUCUCUCUGGAGACAGAGUCAUUGUCACAUCUCGCAGUUCUGAAUCUGUUGAUAUGACUGUCAAAGAGCUAGAGCAAAAUCUCAAAGAGAUUAUGAGUAAUGCUAGCGAGUCUGCUAAGAAGAAAUUGAGUGAUGCUAAGGUAGUUGGUAUUGCCUGUGAUGUUUGCAAACCCGAAGACGUUGAGAAGCUGUCGAAUUUCGCUGUAAAAGAGCUUGGUUCCAUCAACAUAUGGAUAAACAAUGCUGGUACUAACAAAGGUUUUAGACCGUUACUCGAGUUCACUGAAGAAGAUAUCACACAGAUUGUCUCCACAAAUUUGAUUGGAUCAAUUCUAUGCACACGAGGGGCGAUGGAUGUGAUGAGCAGACAGCACAAUGGUGGACACAUCUUUAACAUGGAUGGUGCUGGCUCUGGGGGUUCUAGCACUCCUCUCACGGCCGUAUAUGGGUCAACAAAAUGUGGACUUAGGCAAUUUCAUGGGUCUAUUGUGAAAGAAAGCCAAAAAACAAACGUUGGCCUGCACACUGCAUCCCCGGGCAUGGUUCUGACCGAACUUCUUCUUAGUGGUUCGAGCAUAAAAAACAAGCAGAUGUUUAACAUAAUAUGCGAGCUUCCCGAAACAGUAGCUAGAACAUUGGUACCACGCAUGCGAGUUGUGAAAGGUUCGGGAAAAGCCGUCAAUUACCUGACUCCUCCUCGGAUAUUGUUAGCUAUUGUCACUUCCUGGCUCAGGAGAGGCCGAUGGUUUGAUGACCAAGGACGGGCGUUAUAUGCAGCGGAAGCAGAUAGACUAAGGAACUGGGCAGAGAACAGGACGAGAUUGUCGUUAACAGACGCGAUGGAGAUGUACACAGAGAAUACUUGGGUCUCUGUUUUCUCUCUUUCUGUUGUUUGCGCUUUCAUCAUCUUACAAAGCACAACACCUAGCUCUUUUCCAGGCACAUAACAACAUCUUUCACGGUUGUCUUUAAGAAAAAUGUAAACGUACAUGUUAUGUAUAAAAGAUAAAAAUGAACCGAUUUGUUCAUGCACAAACUCUGGUUAAAGAUGUAAACACGUCAUUAAAGUUGUAGAAUGUUUUGUUGUUGACAAAAUGAAUGAAAAUAUUUUAA